AUUGAUUCAGUGCAGGUCAGUAAUGAAAGAAACCACGAGCAGAGAAGUAGCCAUCAAAGUGUAACAUCCUACCGUCUGUGCGUGUGGAAUGUGGUUUUAUCUCGAGUGCUUAACUCGAAGAUUAUAGAGCAUUAUUUCAUCGAUAAUGACUUUGAUAACUCAAUUCUUCCGGAGAAUCCCCCAUGCACUGAAGCAGCAACCCAGCACAGCUCGGUACUCCAGUGUAGCAGCAGCAACAGCAGCCAAACUACAAGAACUUGCGCUGGAGGAAAACUGUAUUCUGGUCAACGAGAACGAUCAGCCUCAAGGGAAUGCCUCCAAACGAGAUUGCCAUCGAGUGGAUCCCAAUGGAGAUAUCCGGUUGCACCGAGCCUUCAGUGUAUUUCUCUUCAACACCAAGGGCGAAAUGCUGCUGCAGCGAAGAUCUACGCACAAGAUUACUUUUCCGGACUGCUACACCAAUGCCUGCUGCAGCCAUCCUUUGUACGAUAUCGAUGGUGAACGUGAGGAGUUGAAUGCGCUUGGAAUUCGACGUGCAGCACAGCGAAGAUUAAAUUAUGAGCUGGGAAUACCACUUAGUCAGGUCCGGCCGGAGAACUUCCACUUCCUGACCCGGAUCCACUACGCCGACCGAGGUGACGGUGUGUGGGGCGAGCACGAGAUCGACUAUAUUCUGUUCCUUCAGAAGGACAUAGAUCUGAAGCCGAACGAGAGCGAAGUCAGCGAGAUUCGGUACAUUCGACGGGACGAUUUGGACCGGCAAAUUUCCGGUUUGCAGGCUCCGUUGACGCCCUGGUUCCGACUGAUUCUGGCCAACCGGCUGAAGCUCUGGUGGGACAAUCUUCAUCGGCUGAAAAAAUACGAGAAUCUUGUUGAAAUUGAGCGGUUUUAGGUCGCCCAGCACAACGAUCCGAUUAAUGGUGGCCAGUACAUAACACAAAGAGCAAUAACAGCAAAUCUGAUUGACUUACUUUAUUAUUUUUAAUUGAUUUCACAUUUUUUGAACCUUUAUCACAUUGUCUCGUUUGAAUCUACAGGGAUUUAUUUUGGUAAAGUUUUAUGUAGAUUUCCAAUCGUGUACUUUAGAAUUAAACUGAAUUAGAUAAAAACUGGUAUAACCAGAAGCAAAUAAAAGUGUUCUCGGGAUACGGUGUA